UUCGGGGAUGGAACCUCGUUGGUAGUCAAGACGACGAAGUUUUUUCUUGGAGAUUAUCAGCCGAGAUACUCAUGGAAACGUUCUCGAUCAGGUAAAUAAAAUUAUGAAACUCAGUUGCCUCCUCAUUAAAGGAAUCUUCAGGAUCUCUUGUGCGAUGCAAGUAAGCUGGUGACUUCUUAGAGGAUGCUUACAGGCCCGAGGAAGAGCAACCUGGACGUGGACGAUAUACAAAUGAAGUGAACAACGCCGUCUACGGCCUCGCAAACUUGCGACUAAGAGUGAGCCUUAUGAAGCCGACGAGCACGCUUCAGGUGGCCGCAGGCGAAGUACACGGCUGGCGUAGGGUCGCGUGGUUAGUCUCUCCAACAGCAGGUGCACAAGACGCAGGAGAAACGUCGGCCGUCCUUCACACUGGGAAGCUAGCUCGUCGGACUGGGAUGGAAGCAGCGACGACGAUGGACGCCGAAAGCCCGAAAGAAGAACUUCGAGCAGACUGAAAGUGAAGCUGCAGAAGAACGUUGGGUCGAGGUACAAGGAUUUCCAUGAAGAGAAACCUCAGCACCGAGCAACGUGUCCUGGUUACUCUUGACAGAGGUGGAGCGGACGCGCUACAUUCCACAGUAUGGUGAUGAGGUGGUGUACUUCCGAUAGGACUGGAAAGUGUCGGGGAACACUUGUUGCCGGCUGACUCUCGAGUUCAUGGACGGGUACAGGAUUCGCGGCAGCAGCUUCAGCGUCGACUUGCCGGAGCUGACAGACUACGCCGACUUUAUAGCGGAGAGAAACCGAGGCCUCCUUGGCCAGGAACUGGUCCAGUCGGGACAAGUGGAGGUCGGACGAGGAAGAAGGUGGUCGCUGGUGGGAAGGGACGAUAACUCAGGUGAAGGCAAAGUCGCCCGAGUUUCCAUACAGCAGGACGAGCCAUCGACGACUGGGAGCUUCACGACGUUGAGAAUCCUUGAACUUGGGAGCCGCCACAGAUCGAGCAGGACAAGGCGAGCUGCUCGACAUCGUGACGAGGUGCUCCGCCCCAACCAACAGGACGAGUGCUGUGAGCAAGCCGGAUUUUGUAGACAGGAUUGCGCUACCAUCUCCAUGGACGUGAUUCGCGAGCGGCUAGACUACCGUAGCGUGUUGUCGUUGUCACACGAUAUUAGGAUACUGAUGGUGUUGGGAAACAGCGCGGCUGAGGCACUGCAAAUGUCAGCUUUGUAAGAAUUUUCUCGAGGUCAAACACGAGAUCAUUCCUACGAGAAAACGAGCACACCGAUUUGUACCUGGAAAACCACAUCAAAGUCAAGCUUUGAGUCGGUUUAAGGAUGAAAGCUUCUAAUUCUUUC